UAUAACCACCUCCGAGAACUGCGUCUGUACCUUGAAGAAUAUACCGCUGCUGAAAGCCAUUUUGAGAUGGCUCUGGAAAUCGCCUAAGACAUUGCAAUGCGUGAAACUGACUUAAAGAGCGUAGAUGGCCUUGUUCAAUCCAGUUUACGGCAAGGAAACAACACAAAAGCGCUUCGGUAUUUUUUUCAACGUUUUGAAAUAUACGAACACCUAAGACUUUCCCUCAGAAAUGAAGAUCAUUUAAAAACAUCUUUCUUGGACAUUAAGGGUGGUCAUACAUACACGUGCUGUAGUGCUCUUCUUUGUCAGAACAACAAUCCUCUAGAUGCUCUUUAUGUUGCAGAGCUGGGACGAGCAAGAGGCCUGCCAGACCUGCAGGCUGCUAGAUAUUCUCUUCAGGCAAACAUUUCAGCCAAUCCGAAAACAUGGAUUGGGAUUGAAAAUAUUGUUAGAAGAGAAACUGACUGCGUAUUUUUGUACAUUUCAUUUGUUAAUGAUUACCUUUGUAUGUGGGUCAUUAACACAAGGGGAGAAAUUCAAUUCAAAGACAUGACAAUGGGUGAGGAGAUUCUUGGCACGCGAUUAGUCGGAUAUUUGAGUGACUUUUUUGCUAAAAGUUUCCGAUGCCUCAGCAUGCAAUCCGAAUGGGAAUGCGAAGAUCGAUCUUUACCUCUCGUCAUUAAGCCACAACUCAGUUCAGAUGAGCUAGGAAGCCCCAGAGAUCCGCGACUUCUCGAGGAAGAUGAUGAAGAAGAAGUUAUUUCAGAUUUCCAAUCAAGUCUUUCUUUUAGUUCCAAACUGUUCAUCAUCCCCGUUGCUGACUUCCUUGAGGAACCUGAAGUCAUCAUUGUUCCUCCUAGCAGCUUGUACAAAGUUCCAUUUGCUGCCCUGACAGAUAACAAAGGGAAAUUCUUAUCGGAGACUCGUCGCAUCCGUAUAGUUCCCUCAUUGACGACGCUCAAGCUAAUUCAAGAUAGUCCCGCGGAUUAUCACAGUCGGACUGACGCACUGAUCGUGGGUGAUCCCACAGUUGACUGGGUCAUGUACAAGGGAGGUAUUCAGCACAUCAGCUCAUUGCCAUGCGCAAGAAAGGAAGCAAAGAUGGUUGGACGACUGGUCGGCGUAAAGCCUUUAUUAGGAGAGCAAGCGACGAAGCAGGCUGUACUCGAAAAGAUAACAUCAGUGAGCCUGGUACAUUUUGCUGCACAUGGCGAUGCCGAAAGAGGAGAAGUCGCUCUUUCUCCUAUCCGUACUCCUGACAAUCCCAAUAUCACCCCACAAGAAGAAGACUAUCUGUUGACGAUGGACGAGAUAUCACAAGUUAAAGUCAGAGCUAAACUGGUUGUACUCAGCUGUUGUCACAGUGGAAAUGGACAGAUCAAAGCUGAAGGAGUCAUUGGAAUCGCUCGAGCGUUCCUAGGAUCCGGUGCUCGGUCGGUAUUGGUUGCGUUAUGGGCCAUAUCAGACACAGCAACAGAACAGCUCAUGAGUCGUUUCUACGAACAUCUUGUCAGUGGAGAAAGCGCCAGUGAAUCUCUUCACCGGGCCAUGAAGUGGAUGAGAAACAACGGCUAUACCAGAGUUUCGGAGUGGGCUCCAUUCAUGUUGAUUGGAGAUGACGUCACGUUUGACUUUGGUAAUAAGGGUAAGUUUAAAGUUGAUAGUUUUCAUUUAUAUCUCAGAUUCAAACUUUUCUGGCACGGUGAAGGGAGUCUUUGAUUAGGAGAGUCAAAUAUUGCGGAAAAUAGGUCAAGAAAGGAAAAAUCAAGGUUUCUGAGAGCUGCUUUCAAUUGAAUGAUGGAAGUAAUCUGAGAUUGCAAAAGGUUUUCAUCACUGAGCUCCAUAAUUUGUCUGGGAAACUCGUGUUAUCCUUUCAACUAAUUACUUACAAAACUAUAAAACCAAACGCGUGAUCGUUUAUAUUCAUUGAAUUUUGUGUCCCCUACUGAUUAGAACAGGUUUUUAACAUAAGCUAGGAGGUUUCUUUAGACACCUUAAUAAAGUUUCAUCAUCAUCAUCGUCGUUGCUUGCUUGUAACUGUGAUGUUGACACAGGUCAGUUCUGAUGAGCUGUGGCGAUUUCUCUGGCUUUUGUUUCACGAUACUCCAUCGAAAAGCGCUAUUAUGACUGUACAACGAAUGAAGGUGUUUCCAUUCGGUAAAUUUAAUUGUUUUCGUAAAUCCCCGGCGAUGAAUUUCAAAGACUAAUAGCAGAGUAAGUAGAACCUUUAAUCGGACGUUUGGUAAGUAUUGAAACAGAGACAGGGCAGGCAUUUUUCAUGCUUGCCCUGAUUCAGUAAGGUCAGUAAGUUAAAGUGUAAGUGCCCCUAUAGCACGAGUUCUGUUUCGUUGUUUGAUUUACUUAAUAAUCCUUUAAGUCACACUAGGUGACUGGUCACGCACUCCUAAGAGUAAUUCAAUAUAGACGAAAAAAGGCUUUUGAUCAGUUUGGUAAGCACGUGCUCGGAGGAAAGACCGGAAAUCAGUAAAGGAAAGAAAGGAAAGGUUUAAUCGAUUUCUACUCUCACCAGAUCCGGCAAUAAUGUAAGUUUGAUGUAUCUGAUGUAUUUCUUAAUUUAUCUGCGUGUCCCUAAUUUCUCGUAUCAAUUUUUAGUUUGACUGUACAAUACAAUAAUAAAGAAGGAGACGUUCCUUAAGAAGUUUGGUGCGGUGCGUUGUAUUUACCAGUGCUUUUUGUGCGGUCCAACUAGCGGUGGACAAGCGCCGCUAUAUAAAGUUUUCCAUAAUGUUACCCAUCCACUACAUGCUUUGAGUUUCCUUUACUUCUUCAAGUUGAGUUCUUAUUUACACUUGAGACAUUAUUGUUGGUAUCUAGUUAAUUGCCUGACUGGAUAGUCAGUGCUUUUAAUUCUGAAAAAGAUCUCUUAAGAAUUAUUUACUGAUGGAGUUUCUUUCUUUUUGUAGCCCUAUCCUAGGAAAGUCAACUACAUGGAACAGCAAAAACAACCAAAACGGAUGUGUUUGCUUAGCGAUGAUUUUGAACGAGGGAAAAGGACUUAUUACUUAAUUUUUAUACGAUACUGUGAAGAUUUGUAUAUGUGUUAAUCAACUGUGAUAGUUUGUAAGCGAAAUUUUUACUGAAUUCUCAAAUUUAUUCCAGAAACACAAACGAGGCAGUAUAAUUUACAGAACAUAAAAGAUUUUCUUUGUGUAAGACUUGUUAAAGUUACCUCAAUGCCGGAACCAACACGACUAGGCGGAAAAUUGCUGUUAAACUCCACACUGGAUUGCUGCUUUGAGAUGGUAACCAUAUUGUAUAUUCACGGACGUGGUAUACGUUUAUUUCACAGUUCUCUUGGUAAAUUAUUGAGUUCACACGUCCGUUAACAACAACCAAAUUUUGCAACUAAUAAAAA